AUAGUCUGAAUUGUAUCAGGUUACGUGGGACGAGAGGGAAUACCACCUAACCUUACCAUACCAUUCAAGAUAUAUUUAAUCCCCGAUUCAAUAGUACUCAACAAUUUUCUUCAAGCUAAAGAAGCGAUAAAAGCUCCAGUGUAUAAUAAACAUGUCAAAUUGGCAACUUUCUUCAUCAGAUGGUAGAAAUACUUAUAGUGAAUCCCAUGUCAUGCAGACUUGUAACUUGUUGAGUCUGUAUUUCAAUGGAAAGGCCAGCCUCAAAGAUCUGAAUCUUAGAAUCAGUGGCAAAGAAGAAGCCAUAGCAACUAAGGAUUUUUUGACCAACAUGGUAGAAUCAUCAGCUAAGACAACAGAGCAAGAGCAGAUAUUAAUAGAUGAUGUUCCUAAAAGUGCCACAACAAAAUCUUUUAGAGAAACGGAAAUGCCCUUAAAUAAGGCCGGCGGCAGCAAAGAGAUCAUACCAAAGGAUCAGCAAAAAGCAGCCCAAUUGUCAAUAUUCUAUGGGGGUAAAGUGGUCGUUUUUGAUGAUUUCCCAGCUGAGAAAGCUAGAGCUGUGAUGUUAUUAGCUAGCAAAGGAAUUCCUCACAACUCUAAUUCUGCUACUUCAAAACAGCAAGCAGAGACUAAUGGAGCUAACAGCUAUGAUUUACCUAUUGCAAGAAGAUCUUCACUUUAUAGAUUCCUUGAGAAGAGGAAAGAUAGGGGUACGGCUGUAGCACCAUACCAAAUGCACAAAACGUUGCCAUCAUCUUCAAGGACUCGUGAAGGCCAUUUUGAUCUUAACUUCUAGUUAUAAUCUACUCUGCACCUAAUAUACCGAUAAGUUAUAUUUAUAUGCAUCGAUAAUAUUACUGAGAGAAUAUUAGUUACUAGUAAUUAGGGCUGAUGAAAGCUUGAUAUUAAGUGUUAUUUAUUAUUGUAAGCCGAUUUAUCUGAUGAUGUAAAAAUUGUAUACAUUGUUAAUCUACAAAUGCAAACUUAAUUU